AUGCUGGCUCCUUUGGGUGCGGCGAUGUCGCAGGGGGAUGUCGACUUGUUGGUUGCCCCGCUCUGGAACAAGUCUGAUGUCAAGCACUAUGAUGCCUUGUCGUCGAGUUGGACGCAUGAUGAGGAGUUAUCCAAGUUCAAGGGUGCCGUGGUGGUCGCCUCCGCCCAGGGCACCUAUACAGUACCCAAGGCUGCAGGCGAAGGCAGCAAGGAGUGGGUGGCAGUUGUUGAGGAAGGAGUUGACCUGCGCAAAGCGGCUGCUCAGGCGAAGAAGCAAGGAGCCACAGGUCUCAUCAUUCGCUGCGAGCAGGCUCUUUCAUUGGAGAAGCUGGCCCACAGUGCCGAUGACGAAGAGCCCCCGGAGUUGCCUGCAGUCUUCGUCACAAAGAAAGUGGGGGAGGCUCUGAACGAGCGGGGAAUCGUACUCAAGGGGUGCGAGUUCAAGAAAAAGUACAUGACGGAGGUCAUGCGAAGUCUUGGACGCUUGGGCGGAGGCCUUCAGCAGACUGACAAGUACAAGACUGCCUUCCAGGCAAUCGGCACAGCCAUUCUGGAGAAUGAGAAGGAAAAAGCCAAGGCCCCGAAGCCCGUCGCGCAGAAAGUGGCGAUCAAGCAGGAUGUGGGACAGGGCAAGUUCAAGUGGAAGGUGAACACCAACACGCAGUACAUCUGGUCGGGCUCUGGUGGAGGUGCCACGACGAUGCAGGUGAACUACGGACUCAAGGCGCCACCUUCUGCCAUGAAGAAGAAGGUGGUGGAAGGAGACGACGGCAACGAGACCGCCCAUGUCGAUGCUUCUGCAGACAUAGUGCCCGACGUAGAUAUCACCUAUCGUCGCUCGAUCGUUGGCAGCGCGAUGGUCGCCGCCGAGGAUUUCAAGGCCCAUGCCUUGGCCCAGGAGCUGUCGGAGGUCCUCUUGGAAGACGAGGGCAGUGCGCAAGCGCAGGCGCAGGAGCAGCUGUCGGACGAGAGUGAUUUCAUGAUCGAAUACAACUUUACCGAGGUUGAAGUUGCCGUCUCCCAAGACAACGACCAGGAGCUCGACUCGGACGAGGAAGUUAUGGACGAGGGCACUGUCGUCAGUAAAGUCGGUGUUCCGCGUCGAUAUUUCUGGAUCGUGGCCAUGUUCCUUCUGUUUACCACCACUGCCCUUGUCUGGCUUUUGCGCGUGAACCUGAACGCAGAAAUGGAGCUUCCGGAGCAGUUCCGAAAGCAUGCUGACAUGGAGGAGGACCUCGACUUCAUGGGUCCAAUCGCUGCUGAAGAUGCGCCGCCAACGCAGUUCUUGUCGCGCAGACACUUCUGGUGA